UCUGUUCAUCAGGCCACCAUUGAGCUUGAUGCAUUUGAACAUUCUAUUUUUCUAUCUCCGGUUGAUGUGAAGGCGGAAUAUGCCUAUAUAACACCCGUUCCACGUACCACUAUCACUCCACCACCAUCGUUAUCAUCAUAUGGGGAGAAUAAUUCCUGUUCAGAAUCUCUGUCUGUGUCGUCAUCUUCAUCCUCAUCGAUUUCACGAGCAUUGUCAUUUGAUGCUGUCACAUCAUCAUCAGCUGAUGAGCCUUCUACAUUAUUUUUAAUUCAUUCAUUCAGUAAUUUAACUGUGACCCCCUCGACAACAUCAUAG